UACAGUAAUUGGCUUCAGCAAAGGGGAACUCUCGGGGGACCUCAGAGAAAAGGUAUCCAGUUAAUAGUGGCAGCGGGAGUUCCAGCACAAGAAUGGAGGACUAAGUGGGCUGGUGAAAGGAAUGGAGACUUCCAAUACAGAUGGCUCCUCUGGGCUGUUAGUGAUGUCAAAGAGAAAAACCUGACCCGGAAAGCAAAGGAGAUUGCUUUUUAAAGGAAUCUCCAAAAGUAUUCCAGGCCACAGGUCACAGUGUCUGAUGGGCCCAAUGCAUGAGCCACUGUUUCCGUCUUUCAUCUCCCAGUCUGACCUGUUCCAACGCGGCUAUGGGAAGAGCGUCAUGGCAUCUGACCCUGCCUUACCUGUGUGGCUGAAGGCUCAGUUUGCUCAUCUAUAAAAAGAAUGAAAGUAAUGUUAUGAUUAUUGUGGGCAGUGAGGGUGGAGAAGGUGAGCAGAUACCAUAAGUACACCACCCAACAGAUCACUAGGCGCAGAGUAGGUGUGAAACAAAAGUUCGUUCUGUCUUUCCCUCCUUCAAGCAUUCUCCUCCACACGAUCCGGAGUGUGGCCGGGUGGGAGUUGAGGCAGCGGCCUCCUUGGUGGUGGGACAGAGCCCGCAGUGUCCCUGUACCUUUAUGAUUUCCUCGCCAGACCCUGGGAAUCCAGCAUCGCAAAAUAAACACGGCCGCGCCGCUAAUCGCCAGCCCAGAAAACAAAACAGCGCUGCGCUCGGGGAUCUGGGCAAAAUCAGCUCUCCCUCCUCCUUCGCCGCCGCCCUCCCUUCCUCGAAGAGCUCGGCUCGGCUCAGCUCAGCUCAGCGCAGCGCAGCGCAGCUCGGCAGCCACCGAGUCCAGGCAGGCACAGUCUCUCAGCCGCCAGCGCCGGCACUCCCGCUCGGGCUCCCCCUGGUCUCGCUUCCACGGGGACCCCUUCGGGCAGGAGUCGCGUGGCGAGAGCCGGCGGCAGCGGCACAAAGUUGGGGGCCGGUGAGAAUGAGGCUGUCCCCGGCGCUCCUGAGGCUGAGCCGGAGUCCAGCGCUGCUGGCCCUGGCGCUGCCCCUGGCCGUGGCGCUGGCCUUCUCCGACGAGACCCUGGACAAAGUGCCCAAGUCAGAGGGCUACUGCAGCCGCAUCCUGCGCGCUCAGGGCACGAGGCGCGAGGGCUACACCGAGUUCAGCCUCCGCGUGGAGAGCGACCCCGACUUCUACAAGCCGGGAACCAGCUACCGCGUGACACUUUCAGCUGCAACUCCCUCCUACUUCAGAGGAUUCACAUUAAUUGCUCUCAAAGAGAACAGAGAGGGUGAUAAGGAAGAAGACCACGCUGGGACCUUCCAGAUCAUAGAUGAAGAAGAAACACAGUUUAUGAGUAACUGCCCUGUUGCGGUGACUGAAAGCACCCCGCGGAGGAGGACACGGAUCCAAGUGUUCUGGAUAGCGCCACCAGCAGGCACGGGCUGUGUCAUUCUAAAGGCCAGCAUCGUACAGAAACGCAUCAUUUAUUUUCAAGAUGAGGGCUCUCUGACCAAGAAGCUUUGUGAACAAGAUUCCACAUUUGAUGGGGUGACUGACAAACCGAUCUUAGACUGCUGUGCCUGUGGAACUGCCAAGUACAGACUCACAUUUUAUGGGAACUGGUCUGAGAAGACGCACCCAAAGGAUUAUCCUCGUCGGGCCAAUCACUGGUCUGCGAUCAUUGGCGGAUCCCACUCCAAGAAUUACGUGCUCUGGGAAUACGGAGGAUAUGCAAGUGAAGGAGUCAAACAAGUUGCAGAAUUGGGCUCACCAGUAAAAAUGGAGGAAGAAAUUCGACAACAGAGUGAUGAGGUCCUCACGGUCAUCAAAGCCAAAGCUCAGUGGCCAGCCUGGCAGCCUCUCAAUGUGAGAGCAGCACCCUCGGCUGAAUUUUCUGUGGACAGGACACGCCAUUUAAUGUCUUUCCUGACCAUGAUGGGCCCGAGCCCCGACUGGAACGUGGGCCUGUCUGCGGAGGACCUGUGCACUAAGGAAUGUGGCUGGGUGCAGAAGGUGGUGCAAGACCUGAUUCCCUGGGAUGCUGGCACUGACAGCGGGGUGACCUAUGAGUCGCCCAACAAGCCUACAAUUCCCCAGGAGAAAAUCCGGCCCCUGACCAGUCUGGACCAUCCUCAGAGUCCUUUUUACGAUCCAGAGGGCGGGUCCAUCACUCAAGUAGCCAGAGUUGUCAUCGAGAGAAUCGCCCGGAAGGGGGAACAAUGCAAUAUUGUACCUGACAACGUGGAUGAUAUUGUAGCAGACCUGGCUCCGGAAGAGAAAGAUGAAGAUGACACCCCCGAAACCUGCAUCUAUUCCAACUGGUCCCCGUGGUCCGCCUGCAGCUCCUCCACCUGCGACAAAGGCAAGAGGAUGCGGCAGCGCAUGCUGAAGGCGCAGCUGGACCUCAGCGUCCCCUGCCCCGACACCCAGGACUUCCAGCCCUGCAUGGGCCCCGGCUGCAGUGACGAAGACGGCUCCACAUGCACCAUGUCCGAAUGGAUCACGUGGUCGCCCUGCAGCAUCUCCUGCGGCACAGGCAUGCGGUCCCGGGAAAGGUACGUGAAGCAGUUCCCGGAGGACGGUUCCGUGUGCACACUGCCCACCGAGGAGACGGAGAAGUGCACGGUCAACGAGGAGUGCUCUCCCAGCAGCUGCCUGAUGACCGAGUGGGGCGAGUGGGACGAGUGCAGCGCCACCUGCGGGAUGGGCAUGAAGAAGCGGCACCGCAUGGUCAAGAUGAGCCCAGCCGAUGGCUCCAUGUGCAAGUCCGAGACAUCGCAGACAGAGAAGUGCAUGAUGCCCGAGUGCCACACCAUCCCAUGCUUGCUGUCUCCGUGGUCCGAGUGGAGUGACUGCAGCGUGACCUGUGGGAAGGGCAUGCGGACCCGCCAGCGGAUGCUCAAGUCUCUGGCUGAACUCGGGGACUGCAAUGAGGAGCUGGAGCAGGUGGAAAAGUGCAUGCUGCCUGAGUGCCCCAUUGACUGUGAGCUCACCGAGUGGUCCCAGUGGUCGGAAUGUAACAAGUCAUGUGGGAAAGGCCACAUGAUUCGGACCCGGAUGAUCCAAAUGGAGCCUCAGUUUGGAGGUGCACCCUGCCCAGAGACUGUGCAGCGAAAAAAGUGCCGCAUCCGGAAAUGCUUCCGAAAUUCAUCCAUCCAGAAGCUGCGCUGGAGGGAGGACCGAGAGAGCCGGAGGAGUGAGCCGCUGAGAGAAGAGUCUGAUGGGGAGCAGUUCCCAGGUGCUGCUCCCCAGGGCUGUCGGAUGCGCCCGUGGACGGCCUGGUCGGAGUGCACCAAACUGUGCGGAGGCGGGAUUCAGGAACGCUACAUGACUGUAAAGAAGAGAUUCAAAAGCUCCCAGUUUACCAGCUGCAAAGACAAGAAGGAGAUCAGAGCAUGCAAUGUUCACACUUGUUAGCAAGGGUGCGAGUUUUCCAGGGCUGCACUCUAGAUUCCACAGUCACCAAUGGCUGGAUCGUUUGUUUGCUUGUUUGUUUAAGGCAAUUUAAAUUGUGUACCCUAGUUUUCACUUCUGCAGUGUGGUUUGCCCAGUAGUCUGUGGAUGCCAGGGACAUCCUUUCUGUACACUUCUCAGUAGGCACAGGCUGAGUAGGGCUCCCUCAUCCGCAGCCGGCCCUCCUCCAGCAGACAUGAGUCAUGUCAGCCACCCUGUACCAAACAGAAAUAUGUCCCUCUGGGGUAUCCACCUGGGCAGAACAUGGAGAGGCAAGUGUGUCUGGAAAUGACUGUGCCUCAAUCCCAGGGUGCAGCAGGAAAAAUCCCCCAUCGGACAGAGAGCAGAUCCCCUCAUUCUCAUUUUCGCCCGCGCUCUCUUGCAGGAAGCUAUUGUUCGCCCAUCUCUCUUCACUUAGUGGAACUUUCGGUGUCUUUGUUGAGCCUCCUGAGUCAUCAAUAGUUCUUGGGGGAAAACAGAGCUGGUAGGCCCGAAGGGGAGCAUUGAUGUCGGGUGGCUUUCUUCUUUUGCUGAGAAGUUCUGAAUACAUUUAUCUCACCUUCUAAUAUUGGUUCUUGAUACCCCGAAGGGAAUGAUAGCUGCUUUAUUUGAACGUAAGGUUGCCAGUUCUUACACCUGACACAAAGUUGUAACUGAGUCUAGAAAAGAUUUUUCCCUUCUUUGUUUUUGGGGUUUUUGUUGGUGGUGGUUUUUCUUUUUUGGCUACAAUUCUCCUAAGAAGACAGCCUCAUGAACCUUCUGCUAUUAAAACUUCACUAGAACCAAGGCCAAGCAGCAAAACUGGCCUCCUUAGCAGUCCCAAAUGAGUUUUUACGAUUUUCCAACACACAUCUAGACUUCUAAGUUUUCAAACCAGUUCUAACAAGAAAACUUUGUUAUGCAAACAUUUUGCAGCCCAAUAAGCCAUUCCUUCAAAAAAAUAUUAUCUCUGUAUUUUAAAAGGUUUUUUAGUCAUACAAUUCUAUAUUGUAGAAAGAAAACGUGUUGCAAAGACCAAGAAAGAUAGAAAUCUAGGGGGAAAGAAUAUUACAGAAUCAAGCUGGGCAAGAAAAUCUGGAGGGAAAUCAAACCCAUGUCAACUCUCCUCUCAGCUCUGGUCCUCCCUCAUCCACGGGGAGGGCCGUGGUCUUCCAUCACCUUCUGAACACUAUAAGCACACCAAGUUCAAGGGGGCUGACUACCAAGGAUUAGCGUCAAAGGACAUUUUACUGAGUUGAGUCCAUCUACAGUUUUUACUCAUUCGUUUAUUGUCAAAAAUGUUUCAUUUCUGUUGCAGGUCUUUUUCAUUAUGCUUAAUCCAAAUGUGUAUCAUGGAUGAGAUACAUUAAAAUGCUUCGAAUACACUAUUUUAAGAAUUCGCAUUAAACACAUCGGGAUAUUUCCAAACACAACAUAUAUAUGCUAUAGCCCUGAAUCUGUAUUUUCUUUAACACAAGAGACUGUUCAAUAAAAAAUUCAUUUGGGUCUGUC